AAUGCAGAAAUAAGUAGGUAAAGACGUUUAACUUUAUGUAAUUACCACACAACUCAAAACUCAGUAGUAAUUUGGUAGUUAGCUGAAUAUUGAUUCAUUUAUGUAAAAAUGACAGCUAUGAUUAAUCAGAAUAUUAUAAGCAAUGUAAUGCUUGAAAAGUUGAGUAUGAAUAAAACGAAAUAUAACAAUGUAAAGGAGUCUAAAAACUUAUUUGCUAUUUACGAACAGUAUGCGUUUGUUUGGCAUGACAACGGAUCCUGUAUUUUGACUGUUCAGUUAAAUUCCAAAGAAAAUCACGAAAAUAAAGUGAAAGAACUUACUUUGACAAAUCCACCAAUAUUUGAUGUUGAAUCGAUUUUAUUCAAUCAAACAGGGAGUUUGUUAGCAUUGAGUGGAAAAAAUGGAGUGAUGAUUUAUGAGGUUCCAUGGAGAUACGGAAAAUUUGGUACACCUGGAUCUGAUGAGGAUAAUAUAAUUGGAAGGUCUUGGAAUAUUGCAGAAACUUUCUUUGUCUGUUCGAAUAGAAUUGGCGUUGUGCAAGUUGCUUGGCACCCAGGCAGCAGUUCAAGCACUCAUCUCACAGUACUUAGUACAGAUAACUAUAUCCGUAUAUAUGAUGUCACAGAUCCCCAAGCUCCACAACAAGUGAUAUCAUUAGGAAGCAGCACAAAAAGUUCUUUUUUAACAACUGAAUCAAAAAUCAAUUUUUCAACAUGUUUUGGAGAAAAUGCAAUUAGUUUUGAUUUUGGACCUUCUGAAGAAGUUGAAAUACCAUAUUAUAAUAAAUUAAAACUUGUUGAUCGUAUAGAAAAAGUAGUUAUUUGGCCUAUAUAUCUCUUACAUAGUAGUGGUGAUAUUUAUGUUGUGAAAGCACCAAUGAAAAAAGAAAAAUCCCAGGCACUUCCCAAAGUUAUGGGUCCACUUACUAUGUAUCCUCAAUCAGAAGACAAUUAUGGCUAUGAUGCUUGCUAUAUUCUUUGCCUACACACAACUCCACCAUGCAUCAUAUUAGCUACUAGCUCCGGCAUCAUGUAUCAUUGUUUGGUUCUUGAAACUCUCAAAUUGAAUAAUGAAAAUAAGUUUGAUGCGUGGGACUUUGAAAAUUCCUCUGAAAGUUGUGAUAUUUCUUUAUAUGUGUUUGAAAGUGUUGAACUCCCUCUAACGUUAUCUGAAGAGCAAGAUGAUGUUUAUAGCCAUCCUAUCAGAUUACAUAAAGAUAUGAUUUCUCAGUGUAAAUAUCACUGCACUCACAUAUCAGGCUUACAUUCUGUUGCUGUACCCUUUCUUAAAACUAUUGAAGAAUAUCUUGAAACAGAGAAACUUGAAAAAUUACUCACUUCAGAAGAAAAGCAAACCUGCAUAGUGGAGCAUAUCCUCUGUACCAAGCCUUUAUCUGAAAUGGAGUCAGUACCUGUUCUAGGUUUAGAUGUGAGUGUAAAUGAUGCCAGCGUUAAUUUGAUUUGCCUUUUGGCUUCGUGGGAAUUCCUCUGUUUUCCUUUAGUAUGCUCUUAUUUUUCACCACCUCCUCAUCUAUUAUCUGAAAAUUUUGUCAAUUCUGAAGAGGAUGUUAACUCUUCAAUACCAUCAUUUGAGCAGCUUAUUGAAAAGGCACUUUCACGUUCUGUAAGUUGUCCAUUUUUAAAAUCUCAGGCAACAUCUGGGCACAUUUUGUCUUCUCCUCAGCAGCAGCUAGACUUCUUGUGUGGAAUUACGCAAAGAUAUAGAGAAGAAUACAUUCAAAAACUUAAUACAGCUCAAGCAUUGUUAAGAAGCAGAAUAAAAGUUCUUGUACAGCAGAAAGAAUAUCAGCUGAGAGAUAUUGCUCGAAGUCAACAGGAAAAGGAAGCUCUUCGCAUAGGGGCAGAACGCCUUGCAGAGAAAUAUGAAGAAGCCAAAACAAGCCAACAAAAGUUAUUUAAUAGAAUCGAGACAGUGCUCCAAAAACUCCAACAAAAUUCUCCUCAUCUAUCAAAAGCAGAAAUUAACAUGAAUUCAACUUUGUUGUCUUAUGAAGAAAAAUUGAAGGACUUUAAAGCAUCUUUAGACUUGAUUAAGAAAAAGCUCAAACUUCAGAAUGAUAAGUUGAAAGAAACUGAUGAAUUAGCUUCCAGUUCUAAAUCAAAUCUUAACAAUCUUACUCUAACUGAAGUUCAAACUAAGCACAUUAAAGAGCUGAUUUCUAAAGAGGGAGACUCUAUUUCUGAGCUCAUGAAAAAGGUCAAUAUAGUGAAGAAACAGGUAACAGUCUGAAAUGCAUAUUGAGGUUUUAAAGAUGUCCUCAUUUUUUCAUUUUCUGACAAUUGUAAAGGAAAAAACGAGAAUUAGAUAAGCAAAGAAUAGCUAGAAAUUUUGAAGUAAUUGUGUCUCUUUAGUGCUUGUAAAUAAACAUUUGUGUAUCGACUAUUUUAAUUAAAUGUUAAUUAUUUAUAAAACUA